GGCGGGCGGGCCCGGCCCCGCGCUGGCCGCGGCGCGCCGCAAGGACGGCGGCCCUGCCGGCAAGUUCUGGGAGAGCCCCGACACCGUGUCCCAGCUCGACUCGGUCCGCGUGUGGCUGGGGAAGCACUACAAGAAGUACGUUCAGGCAGAUGCUCCUACCAAUAAAACGUUGGCUGGGCUGGUGGUGCAGCUGCUGCAAUUCCAGGAAGAUGCCUUUGGAAAACAUGUCACCAAUCCUGCCUUCACAAAGCUUCCUGCAAAGUGCUUCAUGGAUUUCAAAGCUGGAGGUACAUUAUGUCACAUUCUUGGUGCUGCUUACAAAUAUAAGAAUGAACAGGGCUGGAGGAGGUUUGACCUGCAGAAUCCCUCCCGGAUGGAUCGGAACGUGGAGAUGUUCAUGAACAUUGAGAAAACGCUGGUGCAGAACAACUGUCUGAGCAGACCAACCAUCUACCUCAUCCCUGACAUGGAGCUGAAGCUGGCCAACAAGCUGAAGGACAUUGUCAAACGUCACCAGGGAACAGUCACUGAAGAGAAAUCCAAGGCUACCCACCACGUGUAUCCAAGUCCUACCUCAAUGGAUGAUGAUGAGUGGUUGAGACCUGUGAUGAAAAAGGACAAGCAGGUGCUGGUACAUUGGGGCUUUUUUCCAGACAGCUACGACACCUGGGUCCACGCCAACGAAAUCGAUGCAGAAAUUGAGGACGCCCCGAUCCCUGAGAAGCCCUGGAAGGUUCAUGCCAAGUGGAUUCUGGACACGGAUGUGUUCAAUGAGUGGAUGAAUGAGGAGGAUUAUGAGGUGGAUGAGAACAGGAAAUCCGUGAGCUUUCGCCAGAGGAUCUCCAUGAAGAAUGAGGAGCCCGUGCGGAGCCCUGAGAGGAGGGACAGGAAAGCAGCAGCCAGCACAAGGAAAAGGAAACAUUCCCCUUCUCCACCCCCCACUCCUGUGGAGUCCAGGAAAAAGACAGGGAAGAAAGGCCAAGCUGCUCUCUAUGGCAAAAGGAGGGGACAGAAGGAGGAGGAUGAGCAGGAGGAUCUCACCAAGGACAUGGAGGAUCCCACCCCAGUACCCAACAUAGAAGAAGUGGUACUUCCCAAAAAUGUGAACCCAAAGAAGGACAGUGAGAACACGCCCGUGAAAGGAGGAACCGUGGCAGACCUGGAUGAGCAGGAUGAGGAGACAGUGGCGACUGGAGGAAAGGAGGACGAGGACCCCAACAAGGGCGACCAGAGCCGCUCCGUGGACGCGGGGGAGGACAACGUCACCGAGCAGACCAACCACAUCAUCAUCCCCAGCUACGCCUCCUGGUUCGACUACAACUGCAUCCACGUGAUUGAACGUCGUGCACUUCCAGAAUUCUUCAAUGGGAAAAACAAGUCCAAGACUCCAGAAAUAUACCUGGCCUACAGGAACUUCAUGAUCGACACGUACCGGCUGAACCCGCAGGAGUACCUGACCAGCACAGCCUGCAGGAGGAACCUCACCGGGGACGUCUGCGCCGUCAUGAGGGUCCAUGCCUUCCUGGAGCAGUGGGGGCUCAUCAACUACCAGGUGGAUCCCGAGAGCCGCCCCAUGGCCAUGGGGCCCCCCCCGACCCCCCACUUCAACGUGCUGGCCGACACCCCCUCGGGGCUGAUGCCCCUGCACAUCCGCACGCCCCAGAUUCCAGCUGCCCAGCAAAUGCUGAGCUUCCCUGAGAAGAACAAGGAGAAGCCAACUGACCUGCAGAACUUUGGUCUUCGCACAGACAUCUACUCCAAAAAGACUCUGGCCAAGAGUAAAGGUGCAAGUGCUGGCAGAGAAUGGACAGAGCAGGAGACACUGCUGCUGUUAGAGGCGCUGGAGAUGUACAAGGACGACUGGAACAAGGUGUCGGAGCACGUGGGCAGCCGCACGCAGGACGAGUGCAUCCUGCACUUCCUGCGCCUGCCCAUCGAGGAUCCCUACCUGGAGAACUCGGACGCCUCGCUGGGGCCCCUGGCCUACCAGCCCGUGCCCUUCAGCCAGUCGGGCAACCCCGUCAUGAGCACCGUGGCCUUCCUGGCCUCCGUGGUGGAUCCGCGCGUGGCCUCGGCCGCCGCCAAGGCCGCCCUCGAGGAGUUUUCCCGGGUCAGAGAGGAGGUGCCCCUGGAGCUGGUGGAAGCCCACGUGAAGAAGGUGCAGGAAGCUGCUCGAGCCUCUGGGAAGGUGGAUCCCACCUACGGCCUGGAGAGCAGCUGCAUCGCUGGCACGGGCCCCGAGGAGCCCGAGAAGAUGGAUGGAGCUGAGGAAGAGAAGAUGGAAACAGAGGCAGAGGGGCAGCCAGCAGAGAAGGUGGAGAGCAAAGCUGAGAGUGAGCCCGAGGAGGGGGAGAAGGUCCUGGAAGGGGAGAGCGAGCGGAACGCAGAGAAGGAGCCCGAGGGCGAAGGGGCUGCGGAGCCCAAGACAGAGGAGAAGGAGGCAGAGGAGAACAAGGAGAACGUUGACGGCAGCAAGGACAAGGAGGCCGAGGCUGGGAAGAAGAAAGUGGAGCACGAGAUCUCGGAGGGGAACGUGGCCACAGCUGCAGCUGCUGCCCUGGCCUCUGCUGCCACCAAAGCCAAGCACUUGGCAGCUGUGGAGGAGAGGAAGAUCAAGUCCCUGGUGGCCCUUCUGGUGGAGACUCAGAUGAAGAAGCUGGAGAUAAAACUUCGCCACUUUGAGGAGCUGGAAACCAUCAUGGACCGGGAGAAAGAGGCACUGGAGCAGCAGAGGCAGCAGCUGCUGACGGAGAGGCAGAACUUCCACAUGGAGCAGCUGAAGUACGCCGAGUUAAGGGCUCGCCAGCAAAUGGAGCAGCAGCACAGCCAGAACCCCCAGCAGCCCCACCAGCACCCCAGCGGGCCUGGCAUCAACCCCCUGGGGGCACCAGCACACCCAGGGCUGCUGCCCCACCAGCAGCCCCCGCCCUACCCCAUGAUGCACCACCAGAUGCCACCUCCUCACCCACCUCAGCCAGGUAAGAGAAGAGCUGGGAGCUCCUGCCCUGAGCCCCGAGGGGGAGGAGCUGCCAGGGGAGGCUGCCCAAGGGGCCCUGGGUGGUUACUGGUUUACUGGUUACUGGUUUAUAGUGGUGCCACUGGCAGGGUUUGCUGGAAAGAUGAGCUUUGCACCUUCUGCAGCCUCACUGUGGAGCUUCCACCCCCGUUCCAGAUGUGCGCAGGAGGACAGGUUCUGACCUCAGCAGCAGCUGAAGGUGCCCCCCUGGGCUCAGCAGACCGUGAGCAGAACGCGGCGUCGCCAUCCUCGAGUGAUGGAUGA